AUGGCCAGCGAUGCCUUGCAUGUAAUUCAAGACUUGCAGGUGAAGCUCCGCCGGACCUCUCAAGAGGUCCAGAGGCAAAAAGAGAAUGUGGCUGAAGCGGAGGCUGCCCUGAGGCAUCAAGCGCAGCGACAUGAGGCAGCGAGGGCUUUGCAUGAGGAGACCUUCCGUCGCCUGCAGGUGGCCUUCCAAGAGCGAGACGCCGAGUGUGCCACCACGGAGCACAUGAGCCGUCAACUGGCCGCCGCCCAUGGGGAGCUGCAGCGCCAGGAGCACCGGCGCCACGCGGAGCGCGUGGCCUUCGUGUCGCGCGAGGUGCACGCAGCGGCGGAGGCGGAGCUGAAGUUCCUCCAAGACGAGGUGGAGAAGGCCAUGGAGAGGAAGGUGGUCUUGGAGCGAAGUUUGGAGGAAAUGAAGGAGGCCAAGGUGAGACGUGAUGAGCUCAUCCGAGACAAGGCGGCGCAAGAAAGUGGGAAGGAACAGAAGGAGGCGAUCUCCGAAGCGAUCCGAAAAGGUAAAGCCUUGUCGAGCAGGGCGGUGGCUGAGGAACAGGCACGAGCUGUUCGAGCUCAGAGAUCUGGUGCUCGACAGUUGCUCAAAGAGAAAGAAUCGAUUGAGGCCCAGCUGGAGGAGACCUAUAAACAAAGUGCUUCCAUUGAAGAACGCCUGGAAGGGCUACGUGAGCAAAACCGUAGGGCUGAAUCUCAAUUGAUCCGCAACAAGGAACAAUUUGAGAAAGAGAGGAAGCAAAAGCUCUCUGAGAUGCGGAAGCAGUCUGCAGCCUUCCGAACCUUUGCUUCGUUGCUGGAAGAAGGAUGUUUAGAUCAUCAAAGUCCUGAGAGGCACGAGCAAGUGGAGCAAGUGAGCAUCAUGGGAAAAUACCAGAUGGAGUUCCAUCCUCCAACCACUUGGCAGACUGGUGAGACCACUUGGACAGCAUGUCCUCCGCCGGUGUCAGCGAUACCAGCCACAGCAGCCGAACGCGGAGGAGCAGUGGCUCGGGCACAGCAGCCGCAGACUGAGGAUCCAGUUCUGACUUGCUCUUUUACCCGACACCAGAGCACGAGUCAGCCUGAUGUUGUUCUUGGAAUUUUGACGUCGAUAGUAUUGGCCUUGGAGAACUUCCAACUCCUUCAGGCCUUAGAUGCCAUUUUCGAGCGAGCACGUGCCAGUGCCGUGCCCGAAGGCUCGUUGUCCACCACGGCCUCCUCCAGGGGCUCCAGUCCACGCCUGACCUCAGGUGGUGGCGACCCGGCACACUUCGAGAAGUUCGUUGAUCUCCACAGAGGCCUUCAAGUUCUGCUUCCCGCAGGAGUGGUCCGUAGCGGUCCGAUGGAAAAGCCGACGGUGAGCACGCAGAGCCUGAUCGAUGGAAGCGUGGACGUCGGAAGAGAGCUGCUUGAGGCACAGCCAGAUCUGCUGAGUUCUCUCACAGAGGAGCAGCGUGUUUCGCUCCUGCAGCACCUUCAUGAGCUGCUUGAGGGCGCUCGACGGCAGAAAUGGCUCAUCAUAUUUACUGGCUUGCGCUUCCAAUCCGGCUAUGCAGGUGUUCCGCGGCGACAUCGGAUCUUUGGAGCGUUGCAACGCAUGAAUGCAACCCAGGGAGAUCAUGGUGUCCACUUCUUCAUGGAGGGCUUCCCUGGUGCUGACAUUGUCCCAGACUUAGCUCCACAAGAGGGUGAAGAAGUGCUGUGGCGGCAGCGAAUGCGCUAUGACAACCGCUUGGUUGACCUUUUGAAGUCCAAAAAUGUGACAAAAGUCGUUCUGGGCGGUUUGAAGACGGGGCAAAGUCUGUUGGCCGCUGCCGAGCUGCUGGCCGAUGAGGGUCUGCUGCUUUACAUCGCGCGCGAGUGCGUGGCCGACGACAAGAUUGAUCGUGGGGAGGCGGUGCUACAGCACGUGCUUCCAUUCCUGGCAGAUGUCUUUCACUUCGAGGAUUUCCGGACGCAGCUGGCGCACGAGAUCAUGAUUGACAUGUUUGUCGAGUUCAAGACCGUGAAGAGAGCUGGCUAG